GAGCUAUAUUAGCUUUUAUGUUGGGGUUGUUCCACAUCCCUCUGGAUGAUUGUGAAGAACUGUAUCGCAAGUUAGGAUCAGAUGUUUUUAAGCAGAAUGUCAUUGUUGGAACUGUCAAAAUGGGAUGGAGCCACGCCUUUUAUGACAGUGAUAUAUGGGAAAAAAUGCUCAAAGAAAAAAUGGGCUCAAAUCUCAUGAUUGAAACUGCAAGAAAUUCCAAAUGUCCAAAGGUAGCUGCAGUGAGCACCAUUGUAAACAGAGGAACACCACUGAAAGCAUUUGUUUUUAGAAACUACAAUCACUUCCCUGGUGUUAAGUCUCAUUAUAUUGGAGGCUGUCAGUAUAAACUGUGGCAGGCCAUUAGAGCAUCGUCUGCUGCACCAGGUUACUUUCAGGAAUAUGUCUUGGGCAACGAUCUUCAUCAGGAUGGAGGUCUGCUUCUAAAUAAUCCUUCUGCUCUGGCAGUUCAUGAGUGCAAGUGUCUUUGGCCAAACGUUCCAUUGCAGUGUCUCAUAUCGCUGGGCACUGGUCGAUACGAAAGUGAGGGGAAGACGAACCUCACGUACACCAGUUUGAAAGCCAAACUCACGAAUGUUAUCAGCAGUGCAACUGACACAGAAGAAGUUCACACCAUGCUGGAUGCACUGUUACCUCCGGAUACUUAUUUCAGAUUUAACCCUCUUAUGAAUGAAGACAUACCUCUGGAUGAAAGCCGUAAAGAGAAACUCAAUCAGCUGCAGACAGAUGGGAUUCGGUAUUUAGAACGAAACGAAGAAAAACUGAGAAAAGCCGCAAAAAUAUUAACACAAGAAAAAACAACUUUGCAGAGACUUCAGGACUGGAUAAGAUUAAAGGCUGACAUGUAUGAAGGCCUUCCAUUUUUUUCUAAGUUGUGAAUAUGUAAUGCAUGAAAGAUCAUAAAUGUAAAUCUUGUACCAGAAAAUCCAUUCAGUACUGUAAAGGAAGAGUGUUUAUGAGGGGUAAAAUGGCGUCUUUGGAAAGCUACCGGAAUUCUGGAGGAAGCAAUUCAGGAUGGCUGUUUUGUGCACACUUACGUGAUAAAAGGUUUUAUCGUGUUAAUUAUUUUUUGAACCUCACAGAUCUUACUGUUGCUCUACUUUGUUAAAGUUGGUAAAAUUGAAAAUUAUGAAAACAAUUGUGCUAUGCAUUUUUGGAUGUAUGUGCCAUAAUUAUGGUGACAGUAAAACUUUAUUUAUCAACUA